AUGGCUAAUAACACUGCCUGCUUUAUAAUCGUGGCUCGGAAUGAUAUUCCCAUCUACGAAGCUGAAGUUGGAUCUCCUGCUAAAAGAGAAGAUGCUGCUCAGUUGCACCAGUUUAUAUUACAUGCAGCUUUAGACAUCGUCCAAGACCUAGCAUGGACUACAAGUGCCAUGUUCUUGAAGUCCGUCGACAAGUUUAACGACCUGGUUGGGUCAGUCUAUGUUACUGCAGGCCAUAUCCUUUUUAUACUUGGAAUCAAAAUAGCAAAGUGGAAAUCGUUUUAUGAUGUCAGAUUAACAGAUUCCUCUCCAAUGUCAAAUGUUUGUUUCUUUCCUUAA